UCUCGCUUUUUCAUCUUCCUUGCAUCUCCUUCUACUUCUUUAGAUCUCCUGUUCCUCGCACUGUCUCUUCAGGCCCACAGUGAUUUGUUGUGUUGAAAUUCUCCUCACUUUGCUUUGUUUGGAAUGAUUUCUUGCUGUUUAAUCUUGGACUGCUUCAAUUUUAGUUCCUCUGCUCGUCCGGAGUGAUUCGUUCGGUUGAAAUUCCGUUCUCCUUGCUUUGUUUUUAUAUGAUUUAUUGAUUGUUUGGACUGUUCAAGUUAUUAGUUCCGAUUUGUAUGGAGCUGUGUGUCUGAACUGGAUUAGAGAAUCAGUUUAGAAGCAGUCUCUAUUUUGCAAAGUACCGAAAUGCUUAAUGACUUGAGUCGGCUGGCCAACUUCCUUGUUUUGAUGAAAUGGAAUUUCUGUAGUUUAUUAGAGUAGUGGAACGGUUUGUAUUCCCAGUGCCACGUUCUGAUUUCUACCAUGUACGAUUUGGUUGCCAUAGCUACCAAAAUAAGCAAUAUAAGUCAGUUAAGACAGCUUCAUGCGCAUCUUGUUCUCAAUUCCCUCCAAUCUCAGAACUACUGGGUUUCUCUGCUCCUCACUAUCUGUACUCGUCUUCACGCUCAUCCUUCCUAUGCGGCUUCUAUUUUUACCUCCUCGCCCUACCCCAAUGCUUCUGUUUACAGUUGUAUGCUCAAAUAUUACUCCCGCAUGGGUGCCCACGACGAGGUGGUUUCUCUCUUCCGAUGCAUGCAGUGUCUAGACCUCAGGCCCCAUCCCUCUGUUUAUAUAUACUUGAUUAAGUUAGCUGGGAAAUCUGGCAAUUUGUUCCAUGCUUCUGUCCUGAAGUUGGGUCAUAUUGACGACCACUUCAUCCGUAAUGCUGUAUUGGAUAUGUAUGCAAAAUAUGGACAAGUGGAUCUUGCCAGGAAGUUGUUUGAGCAAAUGCCUAAUAGAACUCUAGCGGACUGGAAUUCAAUGAUUUCUGGCUGUUGGAAUUCGGGAAAUGAAGCUGAUGCAGUCAUGCUGUUUAAUAUGAUGCCUGAUAGGAAUACUAUUUCAUGGACUGCCAUGGUUACUGGGUAUGCUAAGAGGAGGGACUUGGAGAGUGCUAGAAGGUAUUUUGAUGAGAUGCCAGAGAAAAGUGUAGUCUCGUGGAAUGCCAUGCUAUCAGCUUAUGCUCAAAAUGAAUGUGCAGAAGAGGCUUUGAAAUUGUUCCAUCGAAUGCUGAAAGAGGGAAUCACUCCUGAUGAUACAACAUGGGUAGCUGCAAUUUCAUCGUGCUCUUCCAUCGGCAAUCCUAACCUUGCCGAUUCACUUCUAGCAAAGAUUAACCAAAAGCACGUCAUUUUGAAUAAUUAUGUCAAAACGGCUUUACUUGACAUGCAUGCAAAAUUUGGUAACCUUGAAAUUGCUAGAAGAAUUUUUGAUGAAUUGGGAGGUCAGAGGAAUGCUGUUACUUGGAAUGUCAUGAUCUCAGCAUAUACAAGGGCAGGAAAACUGUCAUUAGCUCGGGAGCUGUUUGACAAUAUGCCAAAAAGAGAUGUUGUUUCAUGGAAUUCAAUGAUAGCUGGUUAUGCACAAAAUGGAGAGUCUGCCAUGUCAAUUCACCUCUUUAGAGAAAUGAUUGAUUGUACGGACAUACAACCAGAUGAGGUCACCAUAGCUAGUGUCUUAUCGGCCUGUGGACAUAUUGGGGCUCUGAAAUUUAGUUACUGGGUUCUAAAUAUCGUUCAAGAGAAGAACAUAAAGUUUGGCAUUUCAGGAUUCAAUUCUUUGAUAUUCAUGUACUCUAAAUGUGGAAAUGUGGUUGAUGCCCAUAGGAUAUUCCAAAAUAUGGGGACGAAAGAUGUUGUUACUUUCAAUACACUGAUUUCAGGAUUUGCAGCCAAUGGUCAUGGGAAGGAUGCUAUCAAGUUACUGUUAACAAUGGAAGAAGAAGGCAUUGAACCAGACCAUGUCACAUAUAUUGGUGUUUUGACUGCAUGUAGUCAUGCAGGAAUGCUGAAAGAAGGUAAAAACAUCUUUAAGUCAAUUAAAGCACCUACCGUGGAUCACUAUGCUUGUAUGGUUGAUUUAUUAGGAAGAGCAGGUGAAUUAGAUGAAGCCAAAAUAUUAAUUGAAUCUAUGCCAAUGAAACCUCACGCUGGUGUUUAUGGCUCUUUGUUAAAUGGCAGUCGAAUUCACAAGAGAGUUGAGCUGGGAGAACUUGCUGCUAACAAGCUCUUAGAGCUUGAACCUCAAAACCCAGGAAAUUAUAUUUUACUUUCUAAUAUAUAUGCCUCUGCUGGAAGAUGGGAAGAUGUUAGACAGGUUAGAGAGAAGAUGAGGAAGGGAGGUGUCAAGAAAUCAGUUGGAAUGAGUUGGGUGGAAUAUAAGGGUCAAAUACAUAAUUUCACUGUGGGUGAUAGAUCGCAUGAAUGGUCAAAAGAUAUUUAUCGAUUAUUGGCUGAACUUGAAAGGAAGAUGAAGAGGGUUGGCUUUGUAACUGAUAAAAGUUGUGCACUGCGAGAUGUUGAGGAGGAAGAGAAGGAAGAAAUGCUGGGGACUCACAGUGAGAAGUUGGCCAUUUGUUUUGCUCUUCUUGUCAGUGAAGUGGGGACACCAAUUAGAGUGGUGAAAAAUUUGAGAAUUUGUAUGGAUUGUCAUACAGCUAUUAAGAUGAUCUCAAAGUUAGAGGAAAGAGAGAUUAUUGUCCGUGAUAAUAAUAGGUUCCAUUGUUUUAGUGAAGGGAUAUGUUCUUGCCAUGAUUACUGGUAAAUUGGCGAAGAGCAAAUUUAUGGAUAAAAUUCAUUUGCAUAAAGAGAGAUUGUAAGCACAACCCGGCCUUCAAUAGUGAAUCACGUAUUUUACCAUACUUGUCUUGUCACCAUAUUCAGCUUUUAACUGAAGAACACUUAAUGAUUAGGUCCAAGGAUCAAUAUCAAAGAGCAUUGUAUCUCUGUGAUGUACCUUACAAGAGUUAUGCAUUAGGAGUUUGAUAGUUUUAUUUUUCUACCAAUUCAUUCAUAAUUCAACAGAGCAAACCAUGUUCAUCAGGGAAAA